AUAUGGCAAAGUAGAAAUUAUCGUUUCAACCAUCAAAACACACCUACUACAACUGUGAUCGUUCUUGAAGUUGUAAUCAAAAACUAACAAUUGUUUACAUAUUAUAGGUUAUAAAUAUAUAAUAGACAAAAUGAGUAAAUAUAGGAGGAAAGAUUCUUCAAAUGAAGACAGCGAUAGUGAAGAAGAACGACGAGAAAAAGAUAUCAAGGAAAGAGAUGAAUUUGCAAGCCGUUUAAAAGCUAAGGAUGAAUCGAAAACUAGAAAAAUUGCUAUGCCUGCGGGCUCAGGAGCAGCCGAGGCAGCAAAACGUUUGAAAUUAAUGGAAACUGACUCUCGAGAGAAGCUGCUACCAAAGUUGAGGAUAGAAUCUCGGCGUCAGUAUUUAGAAAAACGUAAAGAAGAUAAAGUAGCAGAAUUAGAAGCUGAUAUUAUUGAUGACGAAUAUCUCUUUGAUGAAGAAGUUUUGACAGAACGAGAAAAGAGGGAAAGGUUACAUAAAAAACAAUUACUCCAACUUGCUGUAGAACAUGAAAAGGCUCGGGAACUUGAGAGAAUCCAGAGGUAUCGGAUGCCAUUGGCAAAAACACCGGGAGAAACUAAAGAGGAGCCAGAAGCUGAUACUUAUGAAAAUGAAGCACCACAAUCUGAACAAAGCAAAUGGGAAUCUCAACAGAUGACCUCUGCUGUAUUUAAAUUUGGUGCACAAGACAAAAAGCGGAAAGAGGAGCAUGAAUUACUUCUUGAAGAUGAGGUAGAGUUUAUUCAGGCUCUCCGGAUGCCAGGGAGUGAUAAAAUUGAUCUCGAAACUCCGAAUCAAGUAGCAGAAAAAACUAAAUUAAUGACAAUUGAAGAAACACAAAAAAGUUUGCCUAUUUAUCGUUUUAAAAAAGAUCUUAUUAAAGCUAUCAAAGACCAUCAGGUACUUAUUAUCGAAGGAGAAACAGGUUCAGGUAAAACCACGCAGAUUCCUCAAUAUUUAUAUGAAGCUGGAUUUACAAAAGAUGAGAAAAUUAUUGGAUGUACUCAACCCCGACGUGUUGCUGCAAUGUCAGUGGCUGCUAGGGUUGCUCAUGAGAUGGGAGUCAAACUUGGCAAUGAAGUAGGAUAUGCUAUAAGAUUUGAAGAUUGUACUUCACAUCGAACUAGGAUUAAGUAUAUGACUGAUGGUACACUUCAUCGUGAAUUUUUAAGUGAACCGGAUCUAGCUUCUUAUAGUGUCAUAAUUAUCGAUGAAGCUCACGAACGAACGCUCCAUACUGACAUUCUAUUUGGUCUUGUCAAAGACAUAGCUCGGUUUCGUCCAAAUUUAAAACUUCUAAUUUCAUCAGCAACACUAGAUGCUACGAAAUUCAGUAGUUUUUUCGAUGAUGCACCGAUUUUCCGAAUACCUGGACGACGUUUUCAAGUAGACAUUUAUUAUACAAAAGCUCCAGAAGCUGAUUAUAUUGAUGCUUGUGUUGUUUCAAUUCUUCAAAUUCAUGCAACUCAGCCACCUGGAGAUAUUCUAGUGUUCCUAACAGGCCAGGAUGAAAUUGAAACUUGCCAAGAGAUGCUUCACGAAAGAGUUAAAAGACUAGGAACAAAAUUAAAUGAACUUUUAAUCCUGCCCGUUUAUGCUAAUUUACCAAGUGAUAUGCAAGCAGAAAUAUUUAAACCAACUCCACCAGGGGCUCGAAAAGUUGUUUUAGCGACAAAUAUUGCGGAAACUUCACUAACAAUUGACAAUAUUAUUUACGUUAUUGAUCCAGGCUUUGCUAAGCAAAAUAAUUUCAACUCUCGAACCGGUAUGGAAAGUUUAAUGGUUGUACCAAUUAGUAAAGCAUCAGCUAAUCAGCGAGCCGGAAGAGCUGGACGAGUAGCACCAGGAAAAUGUUUUAGACUAUACACAGCUUGGGCUUAUCAACAUGAGCUUGAAGAUAACACAGUGCCUGAAAUUCAAAGAAUAAAUUUAGGAAAUGCUGUAUUAACUCUCAAAGCAUUGAAUAUCAACGAUUUGGUUCAUUUCGACUUUUUAGAUCCUCCACCACAUGAAACUUUGGUUUUAGCUCUAGAACAAUUGUAUGCACUUGGAGCUCUCAAUCACCGUGGGGAGUUGACAAAAUUAGGUCGUAGAAUGGCGGAAUUCCCUUUGGAUCCGAUGAUGGCGAAGAUGUUGUUAGCUGGAGAGAAAUAUAAAUGUUCUGAAGAAAUAGCAACAAUUGCUGCAAUGUUGUCAGUAAAUGGGGCUAUAUUUUAUCGACCAAAAGACAAAAUAAUUCAUGCAGAUACUGCUAGAAAAAAUUUCCAUGUGCCUGGAGGAGAUCAUUUAACUCUUUUAAAUGUUUAUAAUCAGUGGCAAAUGAGUGACUUUAGUACGCAUUGGUGUUAUGAAAAUUUUAUCCAACAUAAAUCAAUGAAAAGGGCACGCAAUGUAAGAGAACAACUUGUCGGAUUGAUGCAAAGGGUGGAGAUGGAACUGGUUUCUGGAAUAUCAGACACGAUUGGCAUAAGGAAAGCAAUCACUGCUGGUUAUUUUUAUCAUGUUGCUCGUUUAUCUAAGGGUGGACAUUAUAAAACUGCUAAACAUAAUCAAACAGUUUCUAUUCAUCCAAAUAGCUCAUUAUUUCAAGAACUACCAAGAUGGCUGCUAUACCAUGAACUCGUUUUUACAACUAAAGAAUUUAUGCGACAGGUAACUGAAAUAGAAAGUAAAUGGCUCUUGGAAGUUGCUCCCCACUAUUAUAAACCAAAAGAAUUAGAAGACUCUACAAACAAAAAGAUGCCUAAAGUAGCUGGAAGAUCAGCUCCAGACGGUACUCAUUAAUGAGUUUAUAAAUAAAAUGCUGUAAAAAAAACUAUUCAAGUGUAUAUAUUAGAUAUAAUUACAGGAGAAUAGUAAAAGACUUGUUAUAAUCUGAAUAAUAA